AUGAAUUUUUCUACCUAUUUUACUAGAGAAAAUCCACUUCCAGGACCUCUACCUUUACCCGGGAUAGGAAAUUUAUACUUGCUUCAUGGUGACUUUGAUGUAGUAUUUUAUAAUCUUCAAGAAAAAUAUGGAGAAUUAUUCGAAAUCUAUCUAGGUUCCGAUCGUAAGAUCUGGUUAGGUAAUGCAAAACUUGUCGAAAAAAUCCAUAAUCCAUCCACGAAAACAAAGUUUCCAAUUCGGGCCAUUAGUGAAGGACUCGAUGAAAUGGGAAUAACAACUAAAGGAAUAUCGUUUAAUAAUGACCUUGUUUCUUGGAAAUUCAACCGGCGAAUCAUAACAAAUAUUAUCAUGGUUCCUUCAUUCCUUCGACAAUUUGUCAGUGAAAAUGUAAAAGUUUUUCAUGAACUUGAAAAUUACUGGGUAAAUUUGAUGAAAGAAAAUAAUAACGAUAUAUUGGAUUUCUCUGAUUGGUUAACUAGAUUUUUUACAGACGUUACUUCGUUAGCUAGUAUAGGAAAACCUGCAUAUGUGAUGGCAGCUCAAUAUAACCGUCUUAUGCCAAAAUAUUUGAGAACUUUACAUUCUGAUCUUGAUCUUUAUCAAUCUGAAGAAUUUAUUGAUCGUCUUAGACUUUGGUUAAAAUCCGUACAUUUCUUUUACUUUGUACCAAGAUUUGUUCGUCAUUAUGUUCCACCUAUGAACUUUCUUUACAGAAAGUAUAUGCGUAAUAUAGAAUGGUUAGAUAAUUAUUUGAUUGGUUUCAUUAAAGAGAGAAGGAAAGAAAUUGAAAAUACUCCAAUAAAAGAAACUUUAAAUUCAGAUAUCUUAACAUUGCUUAUCUGCGCUAAUACAGAUAGGGACAAACAUUCCAUAAAAGCAAAUGAAGAAUUCUCUCGACCUAUGACUGAUGAAGAGAUUAAAUAUUGUAUUUUUGAAGUUCUUGGUGGUGGUAUUGAUACAACUGCCAAUUCGACAUGUUUUUUAAUAUAUUACCUCUGUAAAACCCCUGAUAAAAAGGCUAAAGUCUAUGCCGAAAUUGAUAAUAUUUUUCGAGGAGAUAAAACCCGGCAAGUGACUUAUGACGAUGUCGAAAAACUUGUGUAUGUAGAGGCAGCUGCAAAAGAAUCAUCUCGGUUAAUGCCAACUAUUCCCUCUGUUUUUAAACGCGCAAUAAAUGAUGUCACGAUUGGUGGUUUAAACUGGAAAGCAGGACAAGAGUUCUUUGUUCAUCAACAUUAUAUUCAUCAUAACAAAUCUCAUUGGUCAAAUCCAGAAGAAUUUAUACCAGAACGAUUUUUAAAUAAUACCAAUAAAUUUGAAAAAAAUAGCUUUAUACCAUUCGGUGGUGGCAUCCGUCAAUGCCCAGGUCGUCAUUUAGGAAUGAUUGGUAUUAAGACUUUUAUAGCUUUGAUUUUUAGAAAAUAUGAGAUUUCGUUAGAAGAUCCUAAUGCUCCUUUAAAAAAGGUCUAUACUUUAGCUAAUGAAUGUCAUGAAUUAAAACUUUACAUUCGACCAAGAAACGAUUAG